UGUGUAGUUGUUUCUUUCCUUAGUUCUGGAUUUUAUUGGAAGAAUAUAAUUAUCAGUGUUUAUUUAACUUAACCGACAUUGCUCUUGUGCUCUUUAUCUCAUUUAUAUAAUCAUAUCAUCAUAUAAUAUAGCCAGUGGAUCAUAUAAUCGACGAUGGCGGAUUACUGGAAGUCCAACGAUCGAAAAUAUUGCGACUUUUGCAAGUGCUGGAUUGCGGAUAACAAGUCGAGUGUUCAGUUCCAUGAAAAUGGAAAGCGGCAUCAGCUGAAUGUGCAAAAACGCAUCACGGAAAUCAGCCGUAACAGCUAUAAAGCCCAACAGGAGCAACAUAAGAUAGAUGCCGAUCUAAAAAAGAUGAACGAUGCAGCCAUGAAGGCGUACAUGCAAGAUAUUUCUGCAGGAGCGGACAUCAGCUCACGCGAAUUAUAUGAGAAACAAAAACAAGAAGCAGCCGAAGAAGCUGCUUCUCAAGCCAUUGAAAACGCCAUGCCAUCAACAUCAGGCAUCGGCCCUGCAGCACCCUCUAAACCUCGUAAAAAAGGUCGUGAAGCGGAUCCCUUGUACAUGGCCGGUAUCGAUAGCGAUGAUGAGUCGGCAGCAAGUAAACGAAAUGCGGCUACUAAAAAACGACGCAUUGAAGAGGUUGCUAACGCAGGAAAUGGAUCAAUGUGGGUAGAAGCGGAAAGUGACGAAGGUUAUCCCUACUUUUGGAACGUGAAGACUGGUGAAUCUGUUUGGGAAGCGCCGAAGGAAGGUUUCAUGAAAAAGGCAGAGUAUGAGAAGUUGUCGAAAAUCGCAUGGCAAAAACAACGUGAAACGGAGGAAUCGACUUCGAAAUAUGAGCUGGAGAAUGCCGAUGAAAUAGCCGCACGAUUGAGGCGUGAAAACAUGGCUCACAUUUUCAAGCAUAACCGAAAAGUUAAAGAAGAUCUUGAAAAAAUGAUUGAUCAUAAAAAAGAAGCGAAAGUUGAUCUUGAACUUGAACGUUCCAAAAAUCCUUACGGAACGUGGAAAACUGUUGAAGCGAAAGAUGAGAAACCAAUUGAUUUAGAACUUCCUGUGGCCCCUGCGCCGUUGUAUGUUCCUAAUGUUGCUCCUGAAAUUCCACAACCAAAAUUUAAGGAAAAAAUUGUAGGUCAUAUACCUAAUGAAGUGAAAGCCACCGUUAGUGACACGUUCAUGAAAAAGCGCAAAGUUCAGCGCAAUGCUCGACAGCGGCUGGAUAAUGAUUAGUGAAAAAUAAUAGCAUUCAAAGAAUAUGUAUUUAAGCAUAAAUAAUAAUAAUUUGUUUUACAAAAUUAUCAAAGUUGCAUUAUGCUAAUGCGGGUUUAAACUUUUUUAUCGCACUUCAAAAGUCUAUUUACCUUGUCUUGUUAAAAUAAUCGAUGUGAUAAAAAUCGAUUAUCGACUGGUUCGAACGAAUCGAC